GAAUGUGACUCUGUGGCUUGAGAUAAAUACGGCCAUUAUAGGUCUAAGAACCAAUAUUAUAGCUCAUUCUUGGGUUAGGAUCAACUCGAGAAUGAACUUCGAUUCAGCCGCCUCUGUUUGUUUGGAUAAGUCUUUUUACUGCUCUGUUUUCAUCAAUUGCUCUAGACCUUCAACCAAUAUAACAGGUGGUGAUGACGAGAGAGUGAUGCGAUUAUCAGACUGCUGCUGUGUGCAGCACUUUCAUUGCUAGCUCUCAUGGGACAGUGAGCCGUACAGGGGUUAUUUAGCUCCUUGCAAUCCCUUCCCUAGAACUGGAAAUAUGAUUCUUCAUCAUUGCCAUUAAAAAUGGGAUUUUUGCAAAUGAUUUCCGCAGAUGAACUAUCUGCAGUAUACCACGUCAAUGAAGGACAGCUAGUCCUGAAUGCAGAGGGAAAAACUCAAGAUUUCACCACUGGCAUUACAUUCAUUCGUCAGCCCUUCCCAGGUGGGCUCAAAUUUAACCUUGAAGGCUGGGUUGGGCCUUUGAACGGCAAAACGUCCACCUACAACAAGACCCAAGGAUUUGACAUUGCACCUCCUAUCCCAAAGGAGGUGGUUAUCGUCACUGCCAACUAUCCCAACGGUAAGCUUGUGCCUGUUGAAAUCACCCCUUCAGGCACCGGCGUCGCAUUAGUCUCCAAAGAAGGCCGCAGCACCGCUGGACCGUCUGAUACAAACAUUGUGGUCCCUGAAACCGAGACCAUAACUGCCAGGAUUAGAACCCCCUUCAAGGUUAAACAAUCCAAGAAUAUUGGCAGUUCGCAACUUGGAGACAUCUCUGUCAAUUACGAUGAUCAAUAUGUGUUGUUGAAGAAUGCUUCCAUUCAAGGGAGUGACAUUGUUUGGACCUUUGAUCCAGUGAAGAUUGGCGUUACAGAGGUCGUGGUCUUCGUGAUGGGAACGGUUCAAAAUUUCGUUUUGAGGAUUCCAUAUAAAGUGGUAAUUUUUGACGCUAAGACCCAACCAGUCUCUACUGUCAAUCACUAGGGACUUUUGAGAAAAAAGCGCCCCAUUUUUACACGGAGAUCAGCCAGAAUGGGCUUUGUGAGCUAAGUUGAAUCAGCCAUGUUCUAUGUAUUUUUCUGAUUGGUUUGAUACAAAUCUUGUGCUUAAUCGAAGAAAACUACAACUAAGAACUGUCAGAUUGUCAAUAAAAGUUAAUUCUCUUCCAUAACAGAUCUUCUGAGGGACGUAAUGUAUUCAACAACCCUACGAUCCGUAUGGUCCAAGC